AUGGCGGACGACGACCUCGUCGCGCGCUUGAGGCGCGGCCUCGAGGCCAAGGACCCGUCGGCCACCGCGCAGGCCUUUGUGUCGAUCGACCCGGUGACGCCUCUCCCGCUCCCGCUGCUUGCCGCCACCUCCAACCUCCUGUCCCUCCACCGUCACAACACCGCCGCCUACUCGGCCUUUGAGCGCGGCCUGGCCCUCGCCGACGGUCCGGCCGCGCUGGUCAAGGCGGGACUGAACUUCAACGCCCUCCUCUACGCCUGCUGCCGCGAGCCGUCGAUGCUGCCGAGCGCUCGCACCGCCUGGCGCGUGCUGGGCGAGGCGGGUGUCGCGCCGGAGCUCCCGCCGCUCGAGAAGUACAUCGGCUCGCUGCUCGAGAGCCAGAGCUACGACGACGCCUUUGGCGU